CAUUUCCUGUCGCUCCCAGCUCGUUUUUGGGCCUAGGCCUAAGGAAGGAAUCUUAAUGAAGUUAUUGUGUUAGCAGUUUGGAGAGCACUGGUUGCUCAUUGAUGGUCAUGGAUCGCAACUAACUCGUGGGAAAGAGAGAAGGGAGAUAUCUCCCGCCCUGACGAAUUCCAGCGUACGCCAUUGGGCUGACCGAAGCCUAAUAAUUGCUCUUUUUCUCUCAGUCAUUUAGUGGUGGUGUGUGUGUGUGUUUCCCAUUUGAGCAUGCAUUUGGCGUUCACCGUUAGCCGGCGGACAAGUGAAAUAGCAGGAGCUGCCCAUUGAAAAAAGUGCCCGCGCGAAACAAAGACAAAAAAGAACGUGUGACCCAACUUUGAGCGCUUAAGAUGGCGCCAAAAAAGUCCACUAUUGUGCUCAAUGUGGAGCAGUUUAUUCACGACAUCGAGGAGCGUCCGGCCAUCUGGAACCGAAACUUCCACUGCAACAAGGCCUUCCUUGAGCAGAUGUGGGACGAGCUGAGCGGAGCGCACAAGCUGCCGAGUGAGGUGUACGUUUUGGAUGAUGGCGCCGAGGUGGAUCUCGAUCUGGGUAACUAUGAACGAUUUCUGGAUAUCACCUUGCAUCGGGACAACAACAUAACCACGGGCAAGAUUUACAAGUUGGUCAUUGAGAAGGAGCGCACUGGCGAGUACUUGGGCAAAACCGUACAAGUUGUCCCACACAUCACGGAUGCCAUCCAGGAAUGGGUUGAGCGCGUCGCCCAGACUCCUGUCCAGGGCUCCUCGAAGCCACAGGUGUGCAUUGUGGAACUGGGAGGAACCAUCGGCGAUAUCGAGGGUAUGCCUUUUGUGGAGGCCUUCCGUCAGUUUCAGUUCCGCGUGAAGCGGGAGAAUUUCUGUUUGGCACAUGUGUCACUGGUUCCGCUGCCCAAGGCCACCGGAGAACCAAAGACGAAGCCCACCCAGAGUUCGGUGCGCGAACUUAGGGGCUGUGGCCUGAGUCCUGAUUUGAUUGUCUGCCGAUCGGAGAAACCCAUCGGUCUGGAGGUCAAGGAGAAGAUCAGCAACUUCUGUCACGUGGGUCCGGAUCAGGUUAUAUGCAUCCACGAUUUGAGCUCCAUUUAUCAUGUUCCGCUGCUGAUGGAGCAGAAUGGGGUGAUUGAGUACCUCAACGAGCGACUGCAGCUUAAUAUUGACAUGAGCAAGAGGACCAAAUGUCUGCAGCAGUGGCGUGAUUUGGCCCGCCGCACGGAGACCGUUCGCCGCGAAGUUACCAUCGCCAUCGUGGGCAAGUAUACCAAAUUCACGGACUCGUACGCCUCCGUGGUUAAGGCCCUGCAACAUGCCGCCCUGGCUGCGAAUCGCAAACUGGAACUGGUCUUUAUCGAAUCGUGCCUGCUGGAGGAGGAAACCCAGUUGUCGGAGCCGAGCAAGUACCACAAGGAGUGGCAGAAGCUGUGCGAAAGCGAUGGCAUUCUUGUGCCCGGUGGAUUCGGCUCCCGCGGCAUGGAAGGCAAAAUCCGAGCUUGCCAGUGGGCGCGAGAGAAUCGAAAGCCCUUCCUGGGCAUUUGUUUGGGUCUGCAAGCGGCAGUUAUUGAAUUUGCCCGCAGUAAAUUGGGUCUGAAGGAUGCGAACACCACGGAAAUCGACCCGAAAACGGCCAAUGCGUUGGUGAUUGAUAUGCCAGAGCAUCACACGGGUCAGUUGGGUGGCACUAUGCGUUUGGGCAAACGAACUACGGUGUUCGCCGAAGGUCCCAGCAUCCUCCGUCAGUUGUAUGGCAAUCCCAAAACCGUGGAGGAGCGGCAUCGACAUCGUUACGAGGUUAAUCCCAAGUAUGUACCCCGGCUAGAGGAGCAUGGCAUGCGAUUUGUGGGCACCGACGUAGACAAAACCAGGAUGGAGAUCAUAGAGCUUAGUGCUCAUCCGUACUUUGUGGCCACGCAAUACCAUCCUGAGUACCUGUCGCGGCCCCUGAAUCCCUCGCCUCCUUUCCUCGGCCUGAUCCUGGCCUCCGUGGAUCGGUUGUUCCACUAUAUUCAGCGCGGUUGCCGUCUGUCGCCCCGCCAGUUAUCAGAUGCCUCUUCCGAUGAGGAGGAUAGUGUUGUGGGUUUGGCCGGCGCAACAAAGUCGCUGAGGAUCUUGAAGAUCCCAAACACACCAAAGACAACCAAGAACGGAAUUUCGAAUGGCUGCAAUGGUAGCUCCAGCACUUCCGAAGGAGAAGGAGCCUGCGGAGGCGUUGAUAUCACUAAUGGUCACCAGUGAACUAAGGAACUGAUUCCUAAGCCUGGAAGCGUCUGAGAUCCGCUUAUCAGCUAUGCUCCAGUUAUCUCUGUUUGCAAAAGUUUGCGAUAUCAGGAGCAUGUCUGGGUGUGUAUAAUAGGGUGGUGUCGAUUUAAACAUUUUUAUGUUUUAUUGAAGUGGCAUAAAGUAAACCCACUUUUAAAUCUUUACAAAUUUUCUUUAGUUUGUAUAAGUUUAAUAUUUAAUAAAUCUCGUGCGGGUACAAGUUUUUCGUAUAUUUUACAAUAUUAUCAAUAUUUUAUUUUUCUUCAAAAAUUAAAAAGAUUGUAUAUUAUUCGAGUGAUUUGUUAUUUAAACAAUGUUUAAAUAUGUUAAUAUAUGGGCAUAGUCGUGGACUUAUAUAUAUAGAACAUCAAAAUAUAUAGAUUGUCCUUAAGAUCCUUAAAAAUCGGCACACCCUAGUGUUUGUUUUCUUGAUCGAAAACAAUAAUAGUUUAUAAUCUCCUUGAAUUACGACUAUAGUUACAUGCUAUAAUAAGUUCAAAAUGUCUUUAAUUUCAUCAAUAUUUAAAGCAAAAAAAAAACGAAUUGUAAGCAAUUACCUUAUUCAAAUAUAUUUUUAGAUAAACAAUGAAAUAAUUC